AUGAACUAUUCAAAGCUUUGGAUUCAACUCACGACUCGCUUCAUUACACAUCACCCUCAUGUUAAUAUCGGCACUAUUGGUCAUGUCGAUCAUGGAAAGACUACUCUUACAGCCGCCAUCACAAAAGUCUUGGCUUUAAAAAACGGCGGUGAAUUUAGAGACUACGCUUCUAUUGACAAGGCUCCAGAAGAACGUGCUCGUGGUAUUACCAUUUCUUCAACACAUGUCGAAUACGAGACAGAUGCUCGUCAUUACGCACAUGUUGAUUGUCCUGGUCACGCAGAUUACAUCAAAAAUAUGAUUACUGGUGCUGCUCAAAUGGAUGGUGCUAUUAUUGUUGUGUCGGCUACGGAUGGCCAAAUGCCUCAAACUCGUGAGCACUUGCUGCUUGCUAAACAAGUCGGUGUUGAUCAUCUUGUUGUUUUUGUCAACAAAGUGGAUGCUGUCGAUGACAAGGAAAUGCUUGAACUUGUCGAGAUGGAAAUGAGAGAGUUGUUGGCUCAGUAUGGCUACUCUGGUGAUGAUGUUCCAAUUAUUAUGGGCUCUGCUCUGUGUGCUCUCGAGGGCCGUGAACCAGAAAUCGGCGAACAAGCGAUCCAGAAACUCAUGGCUGCUGUCGACUCGUGGAUUCCAACUCCCGUUCGUGAUCUCGACAAACCUUUCCUGCUUUCCAUUGAAGAUGUAUACUCUAUUGCUGGUCGUGGUACCGUUGCUACUGGCCGUGUCGAACGUGGCUUUGUUGAAAAAGGUGCUGAAAUUGAAAUCAUUGGUUAUGGCCCAACCCUCAAAGCCACUAUUACUGGCGUUGAAAUGUUCCACAAAGAACUUAACCGUGCCGAGGCCGGUGACACGGCCGGUCUUCUUCUUCGUGGCAUCAAGCGUGAGCAACUUCGUCGUGGUCAAGUCAUGUCUUUUCCUUCCGCGAUCAAGCCCUAUUCUAAAUUCAUAACCCAGCUUUACGUUCUCUCCAAGGAUGAAGGUGGUCGCCACACUCCAUUUGUUGAAAACUACAAACCACAGCUCUAUGCUCGUACGAUGGAUAUCCCAUGUACACUCACAUGGCCCGACUCGGAUCAAGGCAAAGCUAACCGUAAUGAAGGAAAAAUGAUCAUGCCGGGUGAUAACGUUGAGAUGUUGGUCGAGUUACAUUCUGCAGUUGCCAUUGAUGAAGGAUUGAGAUUUACUGUGCGCGAGGGUGGUAAAACGGUUGGAACUGGUGUUGUUACCAAACUUGUCGAAUAAAUGGUCAAGAUUUCAAUGC